AUGACUCAAAGGAGUUAUAGGUUUGAGGAUGGGAGCCUCAGAUAUAUCACGUUUUGUUGUUCUCGUGGUGGGAAGGCACGGAACCGGACGACAAAUGUUGCGAGGCCACGUCCGACGUCAAAGACUGACUGUAAGGCAAAGAUAAAUACUACGUUCAUGGACGGAGUAUUCAAGUUGUUGAGUGUUCACAAUUCCCACAAUCACGGCCUAAGUCCACAAAAGUCGAGAUUCUUUCGCUGCAAUAAAGAAGUGAGCGAGUCUGUUAAGAAAGUAUUAGAUACAAAUGAUCAAGCUGGCAUUAGAUUAAACAAGAGUUUUGCAGCACUUGUGCAAGAAGUGGGUGGAUUUGAGAACUUGCUAUUCAGUGAGAAAGAUUGUCGUAAUUAUAUUGAUAAGGCACACUACCUUCGACUUGGGAAAGGUGGCGCUGAAGCCCUUCGUCAGUAUUUUGCUAGGAUGCAAUACAAAAAUGAUGGAUUCUUUUCAAAUAUCGACCUUGAUGAUGAUGAAAGGUUGAAGAAUGUCUUCUGGGUAGAUGCACGGAGCAAGGCAACCUACAAAUAUUUUGGUGAUGUUGUGACAUUCGACAUCACAUACCUAACAAAUAGGUAUGGAAUGCCGUUUGCACCGUUUGUUGGUGUAAACCACCAUGGUCAGUCAAUCCUUCUGGGGGCAAGAUUGAUUUCUAACGAGGAUAUGGAAACAUUUUCAUGGCUGUUUCAGACUUGGCUAAACUUAAUGGAUGGGGAAGUUCCAAAGGCCAUUAUCACAGAUCAAGAUAGAGCUAUGAAGAAUGCAAUUGCUCUCGUCUUUCCCAAUACACGACACAUAUAUUGUUUGUGGCAUAUUCUAAAAAAAAGUAUCUGA